AUGUCUUUAGAAGAAGAAUUAUUUAAAAUUCCAAAAAUUCAAUUUCCCGAAGAUUUAUCAAAAAUUUCUUUUUUAUUUAAAGAAAAUGGAUUUGUUAAAAUUGAGGGAGUUUUUAGUAAACAAGAAGUUGAAGAAAUGAAAAAUGAAAUGAAAAAAAUAAUUGAAGAAUUUGACCCUUCAAAACAUCCAAAAGCUAUAUUUACUAGCAAUGAACAAAAACAUGUUUCUGAUAAUUAUUUCCUUGAAAGUGUUGAUAAAAUUAGUUUCUUUUACGAGGAAGGGGCAAUCGAUGAAAAUACUGGAAAAUUGGUUGUUGAAAAAGAAAAAGCUUUAAAUAAAGUUGGACAUGCUCUUCAUUGGAUAAAUCCAAUAUUUAGACAUUUUACUUUUAAUGAAAAAAUUAAGAAAAUAAUAAACUAUUUAUCAAUAUUAAAAUCUCCAAAAAUCGCCCAGUCAAUGUAUAUAUUUAAACAACCAAAAAUUGGGGGGAAUGUAAACGAACAUGUAGAUUCUACUUUUUUACAUACAAAAAACCCUGAAAGUUUAAUUGGAAUUUGGAUUGCUUUAGAUAAUUCGAAAAUAGAGAAUGGAUGCCUAUAUUUUGCUCCCAAAUCACAUAAAGAUUUUGCUGAACAAACAAAAAAUUACAAAUUUGUUAGAAAUCAACAAAAUAUUGCCAAAAAUGAAGGGCCUUUUUUGGAAUUUAAAGGAGAAAAACCUCAAAUUAAUAAUUUAAAAUAUAUACCAAUUGAAUGUGAAAGUGGUUCUUUAAUUUUAAUUCACGGAAAUGUUUUACACAAAUCAGAAAAGAAUACAAGUAAUUAUCAAAGAAAUGUUUAUGCUUUCCAUUUAAUUGAUUUGGAAGAAAAUGAAGAAUGGGAAAAUACAAAUUGGUUACAAGAAAAUAAAAAAUAUAAAUUUCCUGAAUUAUUUAAAAAUUAUGAGAGAAAUAUAAAUUGA